AUGUUCGCCCGCUCUCUUCCUCUGCCAACUUGUCCGAGAGCGGCAGCACGGGCAGCCUCGUCCUCGAGAGCUGCCUUGACAGUUUCCCGUCGUGCCCAUACCACUGCUCGCUUCAAUGGCCAUUCACAACUCAAACCCACUAUCUAUGGUCAGCCACUUGCUCCCUCCCAUGCCCACUUGAUCCGCUCGGAGGAGACUACCCCAGGGAUACCACAAAAGGAUUAUGACAUACGGAGGCGGAAGCUCAUGGAAAACCUCCCGGAGGGUAGCCUGGUGGUGUGCGUCGCUGGGCAGGUAAAAUACAUGAGCGGUUGUAACUACAAGUUCCGCCAGUCGUCUGACUUCUGGUACCUAACGGGCUUCGAUGAGCCGGAUGCUGCAGUAAUCCUCGAGAAGCGUCCUUCCUCUCCUCGCGGGUACUAUAUGAGGAUGUUCUCGGUAGGCACGGACCCCGCGAAGGAGAAGUGGGACGGAGCGCGCACAUGCCAAGAAGACGUUGUGCAGUACUUCGGCGCGGACGAGGCGGAGCCUAUCUCCGUGUUCCCGUCGGUUCUGAGGAGCCUGGUGGCGAACGCGUCCCAUGUGUACUUCGAUCUGCCGAGCCAGUCGAAGCGGACGCGCGCCGUAUCACCGAAGUCGUUGUUGAAGUACUUGUCCUCGUCUGGAGCCAUGUCACGUACGGAGUACGACAGCCUGUUUGACUCGCUCAGCAGCAAUAAACGCAAGGCAUUGGCUCCGGAGGUUGGACGCUUGCGUGCCAUCAAGAGCAAGCACGAACAGGAGGUCAUGCGACAGGCGGCCGACAUUAGUGCGCGUGCGCACAACAAAACUAUGCGCUUUACUGAGCCCGGGAUGGCGGAACAUACCGUGGCAGCACAUUUUGAGUACCUGUGUGCUCGCGAAGGCGCACAGCGUCCAGCUUAUGUACCUGUUGUAGCUUCUGGCCCUAACGGCCUCAUAAUCCACUACACAUCUAAUAAUCAACUAAUAGCAGAUGGCGAGAUGGUCCUGAUAGAUGCCGGCUGUGAAUACAACGGCUACGCUUCUGAUAUUACCCGUACAUUCCCGGCGAAUGGCUCCUUCACGUCCGAGCAAGCGACACUUUACAACGUCGUACUCACCGUCCAGAAGCGUCUCAUCGACCUCUGUACCGAGUCCUCUGCGAUGUCUAUCGUACAGAUCCACAGGGAGUCGUGCAACAUGCUCCGGAAGGAGCUCGAGCGAAUAGGCUUCCACUUCCCACUUGGAGCAGGAACCCUAGAUGCCCUGUACCCCCAUCUCGUCGGACACCCGGUUGGGAUUGACUUGCACGAGUCGAACCAUAUGGACAGACACGAGCCCAUCAAGGAGGGCAUGGUCAUCACCAUCGAACCCGGGGUUUACGUCCCUCCGCUGCCCGAGUUUCCGAAGGCGUUCCACAACGUCGGUAUCAGGAUUGAGGAUGAGGUGCUCGUGAGGAAGGAUCACCCGGAGGUGCUGAGUGCUAAUGCCCCGAAGGAGAUCGCAGAUAUCGAGGGGUCGUGCCAAGGGCUAUUGGGUCUAACCCCAUUCUAGUCGAUAAUUGUAGUCGACGCACCUCGUCCAUGAGGCUAAU